GAAAGUCUUCCCAUCACAGCGCACUCAGCUUCCGAAACCAUCCAGGCAACAAGUACCAACGAUUCUCUCUUCAAUAUGAUGAAAUUAAUGUGUCUUCUGCUGGUGGCCGUGGCCGUGAUCCACGUCGCCGAGUCACAAGGGUUCGGAGGAAGGCCUGGCGGCCAAGGAGGUUUCGGAGGCGGCCAAGCCGGCUUCGGAGGAAGGCCUGGCGGCCAAGGAGGUUUCGGAGGCGGCCAAGGAGGUUUCGGAGGUGGCCAAGGAGGUUUCGGAGGCGCACAACGUGGAUACGGCGGCGGCCAAGGAGGUUUCGGAGGCGGACAAGGCGGGUUCGGCAGGUUCCGCAGGUCCGCGGACUCGCACGACGGGCACGGAGUUCAAGGCGGCGCCCAGGGUUCGAGGCCCGGGGGUCACGGUGGCGCCCAGGUUUCGAGGCCCGGAGUUCAAGGCGGCGCCCAGGGUUCGAGGCCCGGGGGUCACGGCGGCGCCCAGGGUCCGAGCUCCGGACCGGCGGGCCGCGGCGAGCACGGAAGCGGAAGCGGACGUGUUCAGAACGGCGGCGCCGGACAGCUGGGCCACCAAGGGGCCGGCGGUGUUGGCGGUGGCAGGCACUGACGAGGCAUCCACACGGACACGUCUGCCUCCCGAACUCCAAACGACGCAACCGCGGCUUCAAACAGGACUGCUGAGUACGACACGGCUACGUUGAUAUCAGUUUAGGAAGCAAUAGUCACACCAUUAUGGGUUCACUAAUAUUUUUUCUGCAAUCUUUUCCAAUUUUUUUUUUAGCCAAAUUUGUUGUAAAUUUUUGAAGAUUUUUAUUAACUGAUAACAGCCUGUAAUUGCAGGUAGUUAACAACUGAUUAUUCCACAAAUAUGUACUUUAAAAAUCGUUGAACUUUGAGCUCCUUGCCCUGCACAACCAAAAAUAUUUACGAAACACGAAGAUUUAUUCCAAGAUGUAGCUUAAUGUAAAAAAAUACCCAUAAUGGCGAAGAUUAAUGUCUCUUAAAUCACAUAAUGAACGACAUUUGUAUUUCUUAAUAUGUGACAAUAUAUUCCUUAAAAACCUA